UCGUCGUUCCCAAAUUAAACCGUCUAAUUCCCCGGCGUAUAUAAGCCUGUAUUUUUUCGCUUGAAAUUUUCAUUUUUCGUCUCGAUUUAUCUCUCUCAAAACGAUAAUCAAAUUCUCAGUUCGCUCUCCGUCUCUCUGCUUUCCUUAUUCAAACAAGUAUUGAGGCUCAGCGGUCUUGAUUGUAGAGGAAUGGCCCGUACCAAGCAAACUGCUCGCAAAUCAACAGGAGGAAAGGCUCCCAGGAAGCAGCUUGCCACAAAGGCUGCAAGAAAAUCUGCUCCUACCACCGGUGGAGUAAAGAAGCCUCACCGUUAUCGUCCUGGAACUGUUGCUCUUCGUGAAAUCCGAAAGUACCAGAAGAGCACUGAGCUUUUGAUCCGCAAAUUGCCCUUCCAGCGUCUUGUUCGUGAAAUUGCUCAAGACUUUAAGACUGAUUUGAGGUUCCAGAGUCACGCAGUGCUUGCCCUUCAGGAAGCUGCAGAGGCGUAUCUUGUGGGUCUGUUUGAAGACACUAACCUUUGUGCUAUUCACGCCAAACGUGUUACAAUAAUGCCUAAAGAUAUACAAUUGGCCAGGCGAAUUCGAGGCGAGCGUGCUUAACUGUAUUCUUGGUAUAUUCCCUCUUUGAAGAAUGUACUUGGUUCUUGCUUAUUUCUUUUGUUUUGUAAAGAAAGAUGAUGAUACAUUUCACUUGAACGUGAGUUUUGUUUGAACUCAAAUCUGUGCUCUUUAUGUUCUGUUUUGACAAUGGACCAUUAUCAAUAUCUUAUAGAUAAAAAAAGGUGAUGUGUCUUAGAUGUAUCAAAAAUUAAUAUAAUAAAAUGUAUCGUAUGAGACAUGA